UAUUUGCUCGGUUGGGGAAAAGUGCUUGCUGUGGGAGAGCGGUGAACAACAUCACAUCGUCAGGCCUUGAAGCUCUCUUUUUAAAGGAACUUUACGAUUAAUCGACAUCAUGGGAAAGAAUACGAAAGAAAGCAAAGAAAUCGAAAAAGUUCAAGUGCAAAUACAGGUCCAAUCCGUACCGGAUGGCGGUUGGGGAUGGAGCGUUUGUCUUGCCGGUUUCAUCGCUCAGUUCGUCGUGUUAGGAAUACAGAACAACACCGGUAUUCUUUACAAGGCACUGUUAGAGGAAUUCAAGCAAAGCAAAGGAGAAACAGCGUGGGUUCUUUCAAUCGGCUUGGGCAUGAUGUUUCUCUUUGCGCCAGUGACGUCAGCUUUCUGUGAACGCGUUGGUUGUCGGGUAGUAGCAUUCGUUGGUGGUUUGCUAGGAGUGCUGGGAUUUGUGUUAUCCUCGUUUGUCAACGACAUUCCUAAACUUUACCUGACGUUUGGAGUCCUGUGGGGGAUUGGUGCGAGCAUGAGCUAUUUGCCAACCCUUCGGUCGCUUCCGUAUUGGUUUGAAAGGCGCAUAAGUCUGGCAAAUGGAAUUGUUACGGCCGGGAGUGGCGUAGGUACGAUUGCUAUGGGUCCCAUCAUGCAGCUCGUCGUGAACAAUUUAGGAUGGGCUAAUGCGGCAAGGGUGCUCGGUGGAGUUUUGUGUAUAUGUACCAUCGGUUCUCUGCUUUACAGAGUUCCCAGUCAAACUGAGCAUAAGGAUGAGAAAGCAGAAGAAGCCGCCAAACCCUCAAGACCGCCUUUGUUUGACUUUACUGUCUUCAAGAACAAAGCCUUCUUGGUCUGGUGCAUAGCUUUGAGCGCAUUUAUGAUGGGAUAUUUUGUUCCUUUUGUGCAUUUGCCGGCGUACGCCGAAGAAUGUGGUAUACCAAACUCGCAGUCUUCCACGCUGGUUGGCAUGAUGUCAGUAGGCUCGACUUUUGGUCGGCUUCUUUUCGGAAAACUCGGAGAUCACCCGAGAGUGAACCGACUAUACUGUUUCCAGAUGGCGAUGCUACUCAUUGGGGUUGCCGAUACGUUGAGUACGCUGACCAAAUCUUACGCCGGCCUGGUUGUGUACAUGUUAGUCUUUGGUGUGUUUGAUGGUUGUUUUGUAGUCUUUUUGGCUGUUCUUUGCGCGGACAUUGUCGGAGUGGACAAGGUUGCUGCUGGAAUUGGCAUUCAAUUCUUCUUCAUGGCCAUAACGUCUAUUGCUGGUCCUCCUUUAGCAGGCGUUAUUUACGAUCUCGCGCAGUCCUAUCAGAUCGCCUUUUACGUUGCUGGCGCCUGCUCCACUGUUGCAACGUGUUUGUUAUUUCUCGUGCCAGUCCUCAUGCCCAAAGAAAGUUACGAAGGUAGCAGCGAAGAGCAACCGCUGGAUGGUAUCCGUUCACCAGACUCUCUUCCUACAACUUCCACAAAAGCCAGUCUCGGCUCGUGCAACAAACUGAAUAGUAACUUGCAUCUUACAGCGAGCCAAUCUUACCUAAAUCGGUACUGGGAUAUGCCAAAGAGAGCAAGCAUGCGUGCGAGCAUGGCAAGCCUUUUGUCGUUUUCGCCGCUGCAGCCGCCAAAAGAAGUCUUAGUUGUGGUAGAGAAGGUCUCUCAGGUUUGAGAACGAAGAAAAUGGUUUGAUUCAAAAUGGCGCCCAGAACCCUCUCCCUUUAACGCUAAAGAUAGCAGAUAAUUUCUGCCUGUGUGUUCCAUCUUGUACUACGAGGUCAAGAACUUCCCGGUUAACGUUCAUUGUAUUUGAGCACCAUUAACGUGUCACUCCCACAAACUUCUUGUGUCACGAAAGAUGAGUCACGCAAUAUGGUACCGCUUCCGUCAUUCAUGCGAGAACACUCUUGGACUCGGCAAAGCAGCCACUCGGCAAAGGACGUUUAAAAAUUAUUAUUUGAAAAAGGAAUACGUAAGCCGAUCAUAUUUAUUUAUUUCUCAGAAGCAUAAGUUGCACAAAGAAAAAAAAACAACGUUAAGUGGAUUAGCAAAUUAUUAGAUUAGUUAAGAGUUCAGUGAUUUUCGUUAAAUAUCCCAUAUUUAAGAUGAAACUUCCUCCAGGCUCAACACAAAGGAGAAAAAACAGUUUUUUUUGUAAGCAUGUAGUGGAUUCCACAUCGUAAAUCGCAAAAUUGUUUUGGAAAAAAAAUUGUUUAAAAAACUAGAGGGCUUUUUUUUCUAAAUUUUGAUCCUGGUGGUGCCACUUGCACUUAUUUAAUACCGUUUUUAGUUCUGCGUUCAUGCGAAUUCUCAAAAGUAAAGCACAGUCACUUCGCAACACAAAACAGCAAUUCUUCAAGACAUUUUUAAUCACGUUCAUCCAAUUUUUUGCCUGCGCUAUGCUUAUUAUACAGUGAAUUUCCUCAAACUGUUCAUAUUGAACCUUUCUUAUUUAAAGUUCUCAGGCCUUUUACUAUUUCUUAGCCAUUUUUGUAGGCUUUUUAUAAACUCUCUGGACAAGAUGAGAAUCUGAAGAUUAAUAUAUAUAUUUACAUUGUUGUCAUCUCUGAAUUGCAACCGGAAAUUUGGCUUGAUUUCUGAAAGCAGUUUUGGUAUGGACUCAGUUUAGUAUUGUUGGGUCUGGACUUUCAUAGCAAACACCAAUGAUUUGACAGGUGUGGAAUUAUAUGUCAUAUUUAUAAAGAAUUGAUAUUUAACCAAUCUUUACUACCAGAAAAAGUUAAGAAAAAAAUCAAACAAAAAAGACAAUUAGAAAAAAAAAUAUAACAGUUUAAAUUCCACUAAAUAAAAACAAAAAUUAAAAUAUUCCAUACAUAUACCUUGCGUUUGUUGAGGUUUUACAAACACUCUGUUUUAAUUUUGUUUUAAGACACAGGCAGGAGGCUGGUAGUGCUCUACUGAAAUUAAGUACUGGAAUAUUCCUAUGAGUACAUUGAUCAAGAGUUGGUGUUAGCAGAGUCUAUUUUGAACAAACUUUUGUUUUGUAGAGUUUGUAGCAAAAAAUUUGAGUUUAACAUGUAAUUUAAUAUAUUGCUGUUAUGGCUGCAUAAGUUUCACAUGGCUUCGGUGAUUUUGUAGGAGGGAUUUUUAUAGAGUUAUUAAAGUUUUAUGAAUAAAGGAAAAUUUUUAAAUCCUUUUAA